GAGAUGGUUCAAGAGCGACUCGUUUUAUUUUGAGUGACUCACAUGUUAGGAAACAAUAUGUUUCGGAGUUAAAGAAGAUGGAUAAUGACACGGAGGCCGUUGCUGUGGCCUUACCACUCUUUCGGUAUCCCACGGCUGUGACGGUGCUGCUGUGUGUGGCGUACGUAAGUGUGUUCAUCAUUGGCGUCGUUGGCAACACAUGUGUCGUAAUGGUUGUCUAUCGUAGUCCCAAGAUGAGGUCGUCUACCAACCUCUUCAUCGCCAACCUCGCCUGCGCCGAUCUCUUGGUGAACAUUAUAUGUUUGCCUUUCACACUAACAAGCAAUAUCAUGUCAGCCUGGACCAUGGGCUGGUUAAUUUGCAAGAUCAUCCCCUACCUUCAAGGAGUGUCUGUCAACGCCUCUAUUAAUACUCUUGUAGCAAUAUCCGUGGAGCGUUGCUUCGCUAUCUGCUACCCGCUCAAGUGGCAGAUCUCCUCUCGAGUUAGCAAGCGAGCGAUCCUAGCGAUAUGGCUGCUGUCACUCACCAUUACUCUGCCUUGGGCUGUCUUCUUCAAGCUGCAACCACUGUAUGAAGGCAGUGAAGAGCAGGCCUGUCUAGAAGUGUGGCCGACUAACUACAGUGGUAAUGUCUACUUCAUCAUAGCCAAUCUGCUCAUGUGCUACCUGCUACCACUAACCAUCAUCACAGCAUGCUACUUGCUCAUCUGGCGCAAAGUCUUCCUACGCCGGCCUCCAGGAGAGUUACGCCAGGCAACGGACAAGAUCAUACAGAAGUCAAAGGUCAAAGUGGUCAAGAUGUUGAUGACGGUCAUCAUUCUGUUCGCUUUCUCCUGGCUUCCGCUGUACCUCAUCUUUACGAGAAUAAAACUUGGAGGGCCAUUGACUUCUUCCGAGGAAGGAAUUGUGUUUAUGAUUCUUCCCUUUGCUCAGUGGUUGGGUGCUUCAAAUUCUUGUAUCAACCCAAUCCUUUAUGCGUAUUUCAAUAGGAAGUUCAGGGUGGGGUUUAGAGCGAUUAUUUACAGUAGAUCAUGCUGUACGCCGCUGUACUAUGAUCCUUCCGGAAGUGACAUGAGAACUGUCAGUAGUAAGCAGAAUCUAUAUUUGGGUGUGAACCAAAAGGAUUAUGUGAUUAAACAGUUCCAGAACAGGAAGACAAAAUCGUGUGCCGUUUUGUUCAGCCAGAAUUUGAACUGUAGCAGUAAUAGUUUGAAUAAAAUAAAGCCAGUGGUCUUUCCAAAACUUUCGCUAGGAUUCCGGUCGGUUAGUGUUGAUAAUAUCUUUGAUAAACCUACCAGAGCUAAGUGCAAAGAUAUUUUUUUGUAGAUAAUUGUUGUGUUGACAAUUAUAAUUUAUUUGAUUAGAUGUUCUAUUAAUAAUAGUCUCGGAAAUUGAUA